CAAACAUCAAAUAAAUUACUCAAUUGCAAUCAGUUCAGUGCACAGUUUCAUAGACGUUUUUUUUAUGUUCAUUACCUGCAAAAUGGAUAGUGCAGAGAUAUUUCAAAAACGAGCGGGAACAACUGACAAAGGAAGAGAAUACGAGAACAUUGCUAUAGCCAACAUCGCUUUACAAAUGUUAAGCGAUGAUCUCAUAAACAACUUCCACAUAACGUCAAACGAUAACAAUUUCGGUGCGUUCGAUGAUGUAGUCAUCAAAAUUGAAUCGCAUCAAAAUGUCGUGGUAAAAGCAAUGCAGUUAAAACACAGUGAUCGAAAAACAUUAUCCUCGGAGCAUCUGAAAUCUGCAAAGGGAAAUUUUAGUUUAAGCAAAUAUUUUGAAUCUUUCCAACAACUAAAGAAUGUGGUACAAGAAUUUAUAAUUUUUACGAAUCGUUCAUUUGGUGCUAAGGAAGACGCAAAGUUUCAGCUACAAGGGCAGAAGUUUUAUGUUCGACCUGUUAAAGUAUGUAGUUCAUCUGCCCACUUCGCAAUUUCAAAAAACGUAAAUUUUGUCUACAAAUUUGAAAUCGUAGAAGAUGCAUGGACUAUGGAACAUAUUUCCGAAAUUCAAGAGUAUCGAACAUUUUUUUCCAAAUUUUUUCUUUAUACUAAUCAAGAAAAUUUUGAUGCACUGAGACAAUCAACAAUUGAAAAGUUUAGAACAAUGUACUCUUUGAAUGAAAAGGAUUUCGAUCAAUACUACAAAAUAAUAUCGGAGUGGAAUAUGAGAGAAGGAGAAAAAGAGAAACUGAACAAGAAAUGGAUGAAACGUGCUAUAGCGCUGGAGAUUUUGUCACCUCAUAUUGAGUCGUUAUGUUUUGGUGCAGUUAAUGACCAGAUGAAAAUACUUCGAGAUGCUAUAUCCAUGUUCACUAUCACAUUAGUUGAUGAGAAUUCUUGUGAAACUGCUAAACAUUUGUGGGGUGAUGUUGGAAAACAAAAUAUUGACAUUGAAGAAAUAAACAGAAUAAGAAUAAACUACCAACUGUCAGUUGACGAUAUUAAUGCGAACGACGUUGAGAAAUUAAACUCAAAGUUAUUUUCGCAGUUGCUGUGGUUGAUGGAUAAAUGUCCUCUAAUAAUACGUGAUUUCAAAAAUUUUGAAAAAGCCGUCAAAUUGUGUGAAGAUCUAAAGUUCGUUGUGCUUGGUGACGGAAUGAAAGAGGAAUGGAUGACACACUAUUCGUUAUUCCAAAAUCUAUCAAACCUGAGCUUGAAGGGGGAGUUUUACCAAAAAAUAAUGGAAACUUUUACUGUCUCUAUUCAAGGAAAGGAAGAAUUUAACUUAAUGGCAGCUUUUAGAAAAACUGAAAAAUUUCUGGAAAAUGUGACGACGUCUGAUUUGAUGGGAAUGCUAAACGGACCAUGCUUUAUAGACGGAGAGAAAGAAAUACUCUCGCAGCCUUAUAUCGAACGUCAUUUAUCGCAAAAUAUUAUAGAUAUUAAUUAUUUAGAAAAAGUACAUGAAAACACUAUUAUCAUUUUACAAUAUGCGGAUAAUUUUGAUAAAGUAAAGGAUAAAGUUAAAAAGUACAAGCUAAUUAAUGUAGAUAAUUUUCCAAAAAAACAAUGUGAGAACGAUGAAGGUUCAACAGAAAAUACAGUUAGCAACAAAAGCGCGUUUAACGUCAGUUUUGAUAAAACAGAUUUUCGUAAUAAAAUGUACAUUAGUAAUAGUAAACUUUGCGAAUCUAAGUUAAAACAAAUAUAUACAGAUAAUUCAAAAAUGCACAGAUUUCACUAUUUUAAAGUAGCAAGCAACGGACAUUUGCAAUGGAUUCAAAGCAAAGGUGAUAUGAGUGACUUAGAAAAUUACAAAGUAUCUAACAGCUCUUUUACGCAUGAAAACUUCUUGUGGUCUUCUCAAUUGGAAAAUAACAUCAAUUUGAUAACUAGUGAUCCGGGAAUGGGUAAAUCUGAGUUGAUGAAAAGUUUCAAAAAUAAAUGUCCAUCGCAAAAUUGGACGGUUACAAUUUAUCCCAAAGAUGUUCAUUUAUUUUUUAAAUCUUUUAAUUUAAGUCAAGGAUCAAACUACCUAACUUGGUUUGAAAGAUUUAUAAUCAACGAAAAAUACGGCUCACUCAAAAAAUUAGAUCAAAGUUUUUUCAAAAUGUGUUUAAAACAAAAUCGUAUUGUUUAUGUUUGGGAUGGACUAGAUGAAAUUUUAAACGAAUAUUUAGAUGUUGUUUCAGAUAUAAUACUUCAGCUAUCAAAAAGAGGUUUCGUUCAGUGGGUAACUAGUAGAAAACACCUCCAAACAUUUCUAGAGAAAAAAUUCAAUGUCCUUUCAAUUGGCUUAACACAAUUUAGCGAUAAAGAACAACAAAAUUACAUAAAACAACGACUCAAAUUUGUCAGAUCUGAAGGCGAAACUGAGAUCACCAUUCAGAAAAUUAAAUCUACCUUUGUAAUUAUCGAACAUGUUGACAUAUUAGGAAUUCCGCUUCAGAUAUUUAUGCUCACGGAACUAUUUCGUCGAAACACUGAAAAGUACUUCGAACUUAUGGGCAAUAAAUUUCGUUUAACUGACUUAUACAGCAAUUUUAUCGAAGAAAAAUUUAACAUAUUCUACGAAAAUAAAAGUGAUUAUGAUGUUCAAAAUCCACAUAUGGCAGUUAUGGUUCGUCGAGAAAAGCAAAAGAUGUUAAAACACUACGAAAUACUUGCGUUAAAAUUAAUAUAUCCCGAAUUUUUAUUACAACGAUUAGACAUUAAUUACCAAAAAUCGGUUAAAAAAUUUUCGCGCAAUGACUAUGCAUCUGUUGGUAUCAUAAGCGAAGUACAAAAUAACGUCCCACACUUUCUUCAUGGAUCCUUUGCGGAAUAUUUAGUUGCCACAUAUUUAUCGAAAAAUUUUACAAAUAUACCAACUGACAUAUUUUUUGAUCACAAGUAUAAUAACGUACGGUUUUUCUUUGAUAUGUUGUUAGCAGAGGACUCACCUGUUCAUCUGGCGGUACUGUGCAGAAAUUUUGACUUACUUAAAACAUACGAUGAAGAAAUGUUAACACGUAAAGAUAUUGGCGGAAGAAGUGCUUUACAUUUGAUUUGCUCAUGGGGACAGAGGCACCCAUAUGUGCAAAUAAUCCAGGAAGGUAACAAAUGUAUUGUUGAUGAGGGCACCAGAUUUAAUGGUAAACCGGAAGGUAAAGAAUUUCUUGAAGCAGUAAUGUAUUUACAAAUUAAAAACAAUAAUUCAGAACAUGAUUCACUGCUAGGGAUCACACCGCUAUUAUAUGCUAAAAGAAGUGAAAGUUUGGCGGUAGAACUAAAAUUACUACUAGAAACGGAAAAAAACUCAAAACUCUAUCAGUCAUACACCUAUAACGAUAGAAUAAAUCUUUUGUAUUAUUCAGCAUUACUUGGAUAUGACGACAUCAUUGAAUUGUUUACUUCUCUUUCGAACUUUACUACGAAAGUCGACGGUAGUACUGCACUCAUUCUAGCUUGCGAAGGAGGACAUAAACAAAUAAUUGAAUACUUAGUGAAUUCAGGCAACGAAGUAAAUCGAGCAGACAACAAUGGCGACACACCACUUUAUGUAGCUUCUCAAAAUGACGAUGAAAUAAUUGUUGAAUUCUUAGUGCAGUCAGGCGCCAACAUAAAUCACGCUAAUAAACAAGGUUCGACCGCGCUUCACAAUGCUUCUUUAAAUGGCCAUGAAAAAAUUGUAGAAUUCUUAUUGAAAUCGGGGGCCGAAAUAAAUUGUCCAAAUAAUGCUCGUAUUACACCGCUUCUCUUAGCUUCAACAAACGGCCACUUGCAAGUUGUCGAGUACUUAGUGGAAUCCGGAGCGGAAUUAAAUCCUUCCAUCAAUGAUUGUUGUACACCCCUUGACGCUGCUGCUCAAAAUGGCCACGCAUUAAUUGUUGAAUUCUUAGUGAAAUCAGGCGCUGAACUAAAUCAAGCGAAUCACGAUGAUUUUACACCCCUUCACAGAGCUUCAGAAAACGGCCAUUUACAAACUGCCAAGUACUUAGUGGAAUCUGGAGCUGAAAUACAUCGUUCCACGAAUUUUGGAUAUACAUCGCUUCACAUAGCCACUCAGAAUGGCCACGAAUUAGUUGUGGAAUUCUUAGUGAAGUCAGGGGCCGAAAUAAAUCGAGCGGAUCGCGAUGGUUUUACACCCCUUGACAUAGCUUCAGAGAAUGGCCACGAAAUAAUUGUGGAAUUCUUACUGAAAUCAGGUGCCGAUGUUAAUCGCGCUGCCGAGCACGGUGUUCGCUCGCUUCGUAUUGCCUCCUUUAACGGUCAUGAAAAAAUUGUUGAAUGCUUAGUGAAAUCAGGGGUCGAGAUAAAUCGAGCAGAUAACGAUGGUUUUACACCGCUUUACUUAGCUUCCCAAAAUGGACAUUUACAAAUUGUCAAGUACUUAGUGAAAUCUGGAGCUGAAAUAAAUCGUCCCAUGAAUCGUGGAUAUAUACCGCUUCACAUGGCUUCUCAAAAUGGGCACGAAUUAGUUGUUGAACACUUAGUGGAAUCAGGCGCCGAUAUAAAUCAUGCUAAUAAAUACGGUCGUACCGCGCUUCACGAUGCCUCCUUAAACGGCCAAGAAAAAAUUGUUGAAUUCUUAUUGAAAUCAGGGGCCGAAAUAAAUCGUCCAGAUCACGAAGGUAUUACACCCCUUUUCUUAGCUUCAAAAAACGGUCACUUCCAAAUUGUCAAGUACCUAGUCAAAUCCGGAGCGGAAUUAAAUCCUUCGUUCAGUCUUUGUUGUGCACCGCUUGACGUCGCUGCUCGAAAUGGCCACGAUUUAAUUGUUGAAUUCUUAGUGAAGUUAGGGGCUGAAAUAAAUCGAGCGAAUCACGAUGACUUUACACCCCUUCACGGAGCUUCAGAAAACGGUCAUUUACAAACCGUCAAGUGCUUAGUGGAAUCUGGAGCUGAAAUAGAUCGUCCCACGUAUCUUGGAAUUACAGCGCUUCACAUAGCUACUCAAAAUGGCCACGAAUUAAUUGUUCAAUACUUAGUGAAAUCAGGCGCUAACAUCAAUCGCCUUCAUAAAGACGGUUUUACCCCACUUGGCAUAGCUUCCCUUAACGGCCAUGAAAACAUCGUAGAGUGCUUAGUGAAAUCAGGAGCCGAAAUAAAUCAAACGGUUAAGGAUGGUUAUACACCGCUUUACUUAGCUGCACAAAACGGCCAUUUACAAACUGUCAAGUACUUAGUGGAAUCUGGAGUUGAAAUAGAUCGUCCUACGAAUUUUGGUUCUACACCGCUUCACAUAGCUAUUCAAAAUGGCCACGAAUUAAUUGUUGAAUACUUAGUGAAAUCAGGCGCUAAUAUCAAUCGCUCUCAUAAAAACGGUUUUACUCCACUUACCAUAGCUUCCAUUAACGGCGUUGAAAACGUCGUAGUCUGCUUAGUGAAAUCAGGAGCUGAAAUAAAUCAAACCAUUAAGGAUGGUUUUACAUCGCUUUACUUAGCUGCACAACACGGCCAUUUACAAACUGUCAAGUACUUAGUGGAUUUUGGAGCUGAAAUAGAUCGUCCGACGAAUCUUGCAUCUACACCGCUUCAAAUAGCCACUCAAAAUGGCCACGAAUUAAUUGUUGAAUUCUUAUUGAAAUCAGGUGCUGAAGUAAAUCGAGCGAAUUACGAUGGCUUUACAGCCCUUCACGUGGCUUCACAAGACGGCCAUUUACAAACUAUCAAGUACUUAGUGGAAUCUGGAGCUGAAAUAGAUCGUCCCGCCAAUCUUGGAAAUACAGCGCUUCACAUAGCUGCUCACAAUGGCCACGCAUUAAUUGUUGAAUACUUAGUGAAGUCGGGCGCUAAUAUCAAUCGCCCUGAUAAAAACGGUUUAACCCCACUUGGGGUAGCUUCCAUUAACGGCGGUGAAAACAUCGUAGACUACUUAGUGAAAUCAGGAGCCGAAAUAAAUCAAACGGCUAAGGACGGUUUUACAUCGCUCCACUUAGCUGCACAAAACGGCCAUUUACAAACUGUGAAGUACUUAGUGGAAUCUGGAGCUGAAAUAGAUCGUCCCACGAAACUUGCAUCGACACCGCUUCAUAUAGCGACCCAAAAUGGCCACGAAUUAAUUGUUGAAUUCUUAGUGAAAUCAGGUGCCGAUGUUAAUCGCGUUGCUAAAGACGGUUAUACCGCGCUUCGCGCUGCUUCCUUUGACGGCCAUGAAACAAUUGUUGAAUGCUUAGUGAAAUCAGGAGCUGACAUAAAUCAAAAGGAUAACAACGGUUUUACAUCCCUUUACGCAGCCUCACAAAACGGCCAUUUACUAACUGUCAAGUACUUAGUGGAAUCUGGAGCCGAAAUAAAUUCUCCCACGAAUUUUGGUCUUACACCACUUCACAUAGCUUCUCAAAAUGGUCAUGAAACAGUUGUUGAAUUCUUAGUGAAAUCAGGUGCCGAAAUAAACCAUGCUGAUACAGACGGUUUAAUUCCCCUGCACGAAGCUUGCUUGAAAGGCCAUGAAAAAAUUGUAGAAUGCCUAGUGAAAUCAGGGGCCGAAAUAAAUAGUCGAAAUAACGAUGGUUUUACACCGCUGUACUUAGCAUCACAAAACGGCCAUUUACAAACUGUCAAGUGCUUGGUGAAAUUGGGAGCUGAAGUCAAUCGUACCAACAAUACUGGCCGUACACCACUUUACAUAGCCUUUCGAAUGGGUCAUGAAAUUAUUGUCGAAUUCUUAGUGAAAUCCGGAGCUAAAGUACAUCUAGCUAAUAACGAUGGCUCUAUACCGCUGUAAAAACUGUCAAAUACUUUGUGGAGUCCGGAGCCGAGAUCAAUUGUACAUCAAUAAUAGUUCUAUACACCACUUUUUAGUAACGGAAGGAGCGAAAGUUACUGUAAAAAAGAUGUAUGUAAUAUUUUUCUAUACAAGUUUUGGCUUCCCUUUUCUAUAUCAUCAGUCUUCACCUUUGCUGUUUUUCGAAAAUAUUUUAUUAUUAAAAAAUCAUCCUUAUGAUUUCAAUUAUACAAUUUAUGUCAGGUUGCCUUUGUCUAGUGAUUCGAAAUGAUAUAUGUAUAGGUACACAGAACGCUAACUGCAUUUUCUGUUAAGACUGUAGUAAACAUUUUCAAAAUUUUUUGUUUGUUAGCGUACAUUUUUCGAUUCAGUCCAAACUGUUUAUACUACUGAAUACCUUACAAACAAACACCUACUUAUAAUGAGGGUUAUACAUAUAGGCAGUUUUUAUGUUUUCUUUCUCUAAUAUUUAAAACAAAUUUCUUAUAACCUUAAGAAGUUGUAUCAACUUGAUUCGAUUAUGUUUGCACAAGAUCUUCUGAAUACCCGAAUAUUAACAUAGCCAAAUACAUGUUUGCGUUUGGUUUUUUCGACAAGAAAUCAGAGCCAUCGUUACCACAAACAUACACAAGAAUUGGAGGUAGGAAGUAGAACAAAAUUUACUUCUUUAUAUCCGACAGAGAAGCGAACUUUAAACCAUCGCUGCAGGUAAUAAAUAAUAACUGAAAUAUCGGAGUGAACAGGGUUCAAGAUAUGUUUCUUUACAAUUCUGAAGAAAUGUUCUCUGGAAAAGUAAAUAUAAUUUAGUUUAACAUUUUCAGUAGAUAAUUUCUAAUCCGCAAAACUCGAAACUGCGUAUCUCUUAUAGCAAAUGUUUUGUAAUGCACGGUUGCCAUCUGCUGUUUUUGUGCAGUGUGAACUAAGUUUGUAAAUAAUUACUAUGUAUCAUCUUAAUAUAUUUCUGGAAGUAUAUCUAUUGAAUCUACCCUCUAUAAACAUUUAUAUUUCCCUGGAUU